AUGGGCGGCAGCAGCGAUGCCAGCGAAGACGAUACCGCCGUAUCCCAUUCUUGGGCGGACACAAUCCCCCCUGACUCGCCUCCACUACAGAGGCGGAAGACGUUUUCGCACUACACACAGGUGCGGCAUAAUGGGUACCUGACGAAGCGUUUCAAGCUGGUCGGCGCGGCGACUUCAUCGUGGUCUCGACAGUUCUGCACGGUGCACGGCAACAUCCUCCGAUGUUUCGCCGGAAAGAGGCAGUAUGCGGACCACGAGGAUCCCGUGGAAACCAACAUCAUCCGAGCGGUUCGCCCGUGGGAGGCAGAGUUCAGCAAGCCGUACAACCGCGGCCUGCUGAUCGAUUGCGAGGGUGGCGAGACGAUAAUAGCCAGGACGGACACCGCGGCCGAACAGGAAGAGUGGACGGAGGCUUUGAUGACGGUGACAGAUCUCCUGGGCAGUAAUCCGGGCGAGGGGGGCGGGGCGGGCGGGGUCGGCUACGACUCCGACGAUGACGAUGACGACGGGAACGGGGGAGGGGGGAUGCAGACGACCUACCUUGCCCAGAAGGACGAGCUUCUCUCGCCAUCGGAGGCUACCGGGCCUUGCGUCGUUGUGUUUCAGGUAACCAAGACCACCCUGAGGAGAGUGGACGAGGUCGACAUGGGUCACUUCAACAACGGCGAUGUGUACCUGGUGAUGCACGCCGUCCACGAGAUCUCCGGAGACGUGGGGGGCGCCUCGACCGGGAUCACCCGCACCUUGUUCUACUGGGUGGGUUCCAAGGCGUCCAUGGACAAGGGCACGGUGGCCUGCAUCAAGGCCGUGGAGCUGAGGAGAGCCCUGCCGGGACCUUGUUCGAUACGGAGAGAGGACGAGGGACAGGAGAGCCCGGAAUUUCUGGUUUUGUUCGAUGAGGUUACGGUGGCAGAGGAAGAGUCCGGAGCUCGGGUGUUGAGCAAGGUGAAGAAGUGGAACGAGCAGCCCCCGAUCAUGUACUCAGUGCGUAUGCGAACCUCGGGGAGCGACGGUAGCGACGGAACCCCCCAGCCGGAACGGUAUAACCGGCCGCCGUUACACUCGUCCUUUACCGUGGGGAGAAUCGACCUCGACGAGGACCAGCUGGGCAACGAGCGCGUGCUCUUAGUAGACGACCGGAACGGCCACCUCUACCUGUGGUUCGGCACCUUGUCGACGUUCAAGCACCGGGGGUUCGGGCUCGAGGCGGCCACAAGGCUCAAGGCGGACUGCCCCAAGGGCGGACAGGUGGUGCAAGUCGACGAAGACGACGAGCCUCCGGAACUGCGCCGCAUCCUCGACCGCGCCCGUAAGCAGCGCCUGCUGGAGCUGCAGGUGCGCGCGGCGGAGGGAGACGAGCAUGGGGCGGAGGAGGAAGGGGCGGAGCAGAGGCGGAUGUCGCUCAUGGGGGCGAGCGCGGAGGGGGCGGGACCUGCCGUGUCGUUGUUUCGGGUGACCCAGGCGGAGGGCGGGCUCCAGCUGUCGCUGGUGGCUUGCACGAGCAGGGAGUACAUCCAGGAGGUCGGCGGGGAUGAGCUUGAGCCGGAACAGGACGGGGCACCCAUGCUGUCGAUGCUGGAGGGAGACGCCGCAUUCAUCCUGGACGUAUUCACGGAGGUAUUCGUCUGGAUCGGGGACAAGGCUGACCGCAUGGCCCGCAUCGGCGCCGGCAAGGUCGCCCACCAGCUCGUCCAUGCGGUGGCGCGCCCGCGGUGGGCGGAGGAGAUCACCCACGUGCGGGACGACCGUGAGCCGUUCCUAUUCCGGGUCAAGUUUUUCGACUGGGGCGUGGCGAGGCCGAGGCGGGGGGGCGGGGGAGGCGGGCCGAAGAACGACAUGACGCUGUUCCACAAGUCCAUCCGGACGAUCGCCGAGGUGAAGCACGAACCGGAGUCGGAAGUGCAGGUGAAGUCUACCGCUGUUCUCCUAGAGGGACUGGAGGUGGACCUCCCGCACCCCGCGGACUCAGCCGUGGAAGACGCUGGUGCCGGGGAGGACGAUGGGUUCGGAGAGCUGCUCAUGUGGCGGGUGCACCCGAGGGGGCUUGUGUCCGUGCCUGAGGAGGAGUUUGGGCACGUGCAGAGCUCUCACAGCUACGUGUUUCUGUACGGACACGAUGCGUCGGGCGGCAGAUACGACGACAGCGAAGAGGGGUCGGACGAAGACAAUGACAAAGACGGCGACAGCUUGUCGGACAACGAUUCGCUGCUGUCCGACCUGGACGGCCGCGAAGACUUGAGCGAUGACGACGGUGAUAGCUCCGCGAGCGGGAGAACGCGGCCAACAAAAGGGAAGGGUGUUAAGUCGGGGGGGCACCACGCUAACGGAGGAGGGGGGGUGGCGCCAUCAGAUGGAGGGAAGAAGGGAGGGGGGUGGAUUGUUGAGCCCCCCAGCAGCAGCAAGCGGAAGACGAUGUUCGCGGAGAUGAGGCGCGAGAGCAUGGCGGGGUCUCUGCAGCCGGCCGCAAAGAAUGACGGCCGUCGACCCAGGAGGGACUCCUCCGGCGACAGCGAUGACGAGGACUUCGAAAGGAUGGAAGUCCCGCGGGAAGAGGACGAAGACUACGAUACCGCGGAGGAGGAAGACAUCGCGGGCGGAAGGAAGAGAGGGAGCAACGGUAAGGGGCCUUCGCGCGUUGUCGCGAGCGAUGCGGAAUCGGACGAGGUUGGGUCGGGCGGGAUGUCGGUCACCCUCACGAGUGACGAAGAAGAGUCGGGCGGAGAGAGCAGCGACGACGGUAGUGGCAGCGAGGAGGGCGGGGGCGCGCAGCCGCGGUUCUUGAUCUACUUCUGGGCGGGGGCUAGGUCAAAGAAGAGCGACUGGGUGCUCUGGAAGCUCGAGCUCGCAAAGAGCAUGUUGCCGGAGUGGCAGAAGGUGCGUGGUCAAGUUGAUGGUGUGUUUGCUGGCCGGUCGGGUUACCACGUUUUGGGUUGCAGUUUCAUCGGCAGUGAACGCACGUACUACCUGCUGGCUGGCAAGUAG